AGGUGUCUCCUGAAUUCUCACUAUGUCUGAUGGGGACUAUGAUUACCUCAUAAAAUUUCUAGCACUUGGUGAUUCUGGAGUAGGAAAGACCAGCCUCCUUUACCAAUAUACAGAUGGCAAAUUUAAUUCCAAAUUUAUCACAACGGUGGGCAUUGACUUUCGGGAAAAGAGAGUGGUGUAUAGACCCAAUGGGCCAGAUGGCGUUGGUGGCAGAGGACAGAGGAUACAUCUCCAGCUCUGGGAUACUGCAGGGCAGGAAAGGUUUCGUAGCUUGACAACGGCUUUCUUCAGAGAUGCCAUGGGGUUUCUUCUGCUCUUUGAUCUGACGAAUGAGCAAAGUUUUCUGAAUGUCAGGAACUGGAUAAGUCAGCUACAAAUGCAUGCAUAUUGUGAAAACCCUGACAUUGUGCUAUGUGGAAACAAGAGUGACCUGGAAGACCAAAGAAUGGUGAAAGAAGAAGAGGCUAAAGAACUUGCAGAAAAAUAUGGAAUACCAUAUUUUGAAACCAGUGCAGCUAAUGGGAAUAAUGUAAGCAAAGCCAUUGAAACUCUGCUUGACCUCAUUAUGAAGCGCAUGGAACGGUGUGUGGAUAAAUCCUGGAUCCCAGAAGGAGUAGUGCGCUCAAAUGGGCACAGCUCUACAGAACAACUGAAUGAGGAGCAAGAAAAAGGCAAAUGUGGCUGUUAACUCAGUUACAGUUAAGUUUAAUGUAUAUGCUAAAGUAUAGUACAGUUGCAGCUUACCUGAUUAAUUUAUGGACAAAUCACAUUGUGUAGUUAUUUAAUG